GAGGCAGGCGAGAGGGGACCCGCUGCCCCCCGCCUCCCUCCUCCCGGCCGCCCUCCCGCUCCCGCCUGCCUCGCGGGCCCUGCGCGGGUGCUGCUCGGGCCCUUCCCGGCGCGCAGGUGCCGCCCGGCGCGCCCCACCUGCCCGCCCGCCCGCCCGCCCGGCGCUGGCCCGCGCCCGCGCGCGCGGCAAGAUGUCCUCGGCGGCGCCGGCCUCGCGCAGACAAUGGUGCUACUUGUGCGACCUGCCCAAGAUGCCGUGGGCCAUGAUCUGGGACUUCAGCGAGGCCGUGUGCCGCGGCUGCGUCAACUUCGAGGGCGCCGACCGCAUCGAGUUCCUCAUCGAGACGGCGCGGCAGCUGAAGCGCAACCACGUCCUGCAGGAGGGCCGCUCGCCGGGCCCGCAGGGCGCCGCCAAGCACCCCAAGGACGCGCCGGCCCUGGAGCGCUACGAGCGCGGCCGCCUGGCCGGCGACUACGCCCUCAGCCCGCGCCUGCCCAACGGCCUGCCCCGCGCCGGCGAGGAGGGCGAGGGCAGCCGCCAGAGCCCCACGGCCCGCCGCGCCCUGCUGGGGGCGGUGCCGCCCAGCCUGGUGCCCCAGGGCCUGCUGGGGGGCCCGCAGGGCCUGCUGGCUGCCGUCUCCGGCCUGGGCGGCCGCCCCGCCGCCCUGGCCAUGGCCUCCCCCAUCCUGGGCGAGCUGGCCAAGCCGGCCCGGGCCGCCUACGGCGACUACGAGAAGGAGAAGCGCAACGCCGAGUGCCUGGCCGAGCUGAACGAGGCCAUGCGCGGCCGCGCCGAGGAGUGGCACGGCAAGCCCAAGGCCGUGCGCGAGCAGCUGCUGGCCCUCUACGGCUGCGCCCCCUUCAACGUGCGCUUCAAGAAGGACCACUCGCUGGUGGGCAGGAUCUUCGCCUUCGACGCCGCCGCCCGGCCCGGCUACGAGUACGAGCUGAAGCUCUUCACCGAGUACCCCUGCGGCACCGGCAACGUCUACGCCGGCGUGCUGGGGGUGGCCAAGCAGAUGUUCCAAGACUGCCUGAAGGACCCCGGCAAAGUCAUCUCCUCCGGUUACAAGUACCUGGAAUACGAGAAGCGCCACGGCUCCGGAGACUGGCGCCUUCUGGGCGAGCUCUUCACCGAAGGCGUGCGCUUCUUCCGAGAAUCCCUCGCUCCGGACGCCGUGCCCCAACAGUUCAUAGACAGCAACUAUGCCAUGCCACCCAGCCUCCUUUUGAGGGCUGUGCCCCCGCCCCGGGCUGUCACCCGGAGGCGCAAGGCCUCCCCGGAACCUGAGGGAGAAGUGACGGGCAAGCUGACUGGCGAGGAACAGCAACAGAGGCAGCAUUGGCUGCCCCAAGGAUCCAGCGGCAUCUACCCUUCUGGCAUGGCCCACCUGCCAACAUCAGCCAGCCAGGGGCCUUUGCCUGAGGGAUCGUUGCGAAACGAUCCUUCGCCCAUCACUGCCCUUAAGAAUGUGGCCGACACGCUGGGGAACAAGGAGGUCAACCCGGUCCACUCCACCACCGCCCGGCAAAACAGCGCUAGUCCAGCAUCACCUGCGGCAUCUGGACAGCACCGACUGGUGCCACGCAACGGCGAGCCAGGCCAAGCUACCACCACCUCCUCCUCUUCUUCCUCCUCUUCCUCUGGGGCCCAUUCCUCUGCGGGGGUCGAGCCCAGCGGCACACAGAGCGCCCCUGAUUCCUCAGGAGGGGCCAGCAGUGCUCCGCUCUGCUGCACCAUCUGCCACGAGAGGCUGGAAGAUACCCACUUCGUCCAAUGCCCUUCAGUGCCCGGGCACAAGUUCUGUUUCCCUUGUUCCCGGGAUUUCAUUAAGGCCCAAGGAGCAGCUGGAGAAGUGUAUUGCCCAAGUGGGGAGAAGUGCCCCCUGGUGGGAUCCAACGUCCCCUGGGCCUUCAUGCAGGGCGAGAUUGCCACGAUCUUAGCCGGGGAUGUGAAAGUAAAAAAAGAGCAUGAUCCAUGAAAAGGGACAACGGCCAGGAUCCGGGACGUCGCGCCAGGGGUUGCCCACCUGUACCCAUCUUCCCCAUAUCCUCCACUGUGGCAGUGACUGGAAGUAGUAACUUAUCCCCCCCCACCCGAAGCCCUCUUUAACCUGCUGGGGACUGAGGCAUUGUAUAUAAAUCUAUUUUUUAAAUAUUUCCAUAGCAAGCUUAUAUAUGAAGCCACAUCUAUGUAACCUACUACAAUGGGCAGGGGCGGGAGGGAUGGGUAAUCAUUUUUGCUACUUAGUAGUGUAACGGGAAAGGAGAUUCUUAAACUGGGGUGGGGGGAGGAGGCAUUUGGCUAGGAACGGGAUUGGGGCUCUGGCUGUUAAUAACUAAAGUUUUCCAGGGACUGCCCUGGCUACCUGGAGGCAGAAGCGAGAUCAGGGAAGAGGGCCAAGUCGAAAACAGAAACACUGCAAAGAUUGGCUGUGGGAAUCCAGGCUCUGAGACCCAACCCAAGCCACUUUGGGUACAGGUUGUGGUUCUGUUACUAUUAUUAGGGCAGAAUUGGUACCCGUGCUUCUUUGGAAGGCACAUUUUCCACCACGUCAGUGGCUUUAGGCUGCUUAUCUCCACCCUGGAGAGAAUGUAAAGAUUAACUUGCUAGUCUGUCUCAUGUAGAAAUCUGUUCCGAACAUUGGCCAGUCUGUAUUGAUGCUCAGAGGCAGGGCAUGAAAGAAGCGAGAAUCAGCCCCUUUCGUUUGUGUCCAGCAGCUGAUAUUCCAGGGUAGAUUGCCUCUGAUCAGGGAGGCUCCAUUUAGCUACCAUGGGCAAUGACUGAUGAAACCCUUUGUAUUGAGUGGCCUGGGCUGUUGUCAGGGUCUGUACCCGUGCUUUGGUAGGCAGCAUAGAGGAGGCAUUUCUUAAAAAUGGGAAGAGGGUAGUCAUUCAGUUAUCAGAUUGUUCCACCUAACACACACUCACUCCACCUAAACAUUCCAUAGCUUGGAUUCCUAACUCUCUUCUUCCCAAACCAUAAAAUCUUUGCAAUACCAGCCCUUAAACUCUAUGGAUGCCACUUAACCCUGAGCACAGCUGCUCUUUCGCCUGCCCACUUCAGUCCCAGGUUCUGAACCAGCCUCACUUUUGCCAAUUCACCUUGGGCCCUUUGUUAGUCACUGAAUCUAUGGGGCAGUCCUAAACCUGUGCAAUUUAGAGUCCAGAAUUCUGUGCUAGCUGUCUUGGAUGUGGUUUACUAGCAUAUAGGUGGGAUUCAUGUGGGAAUGCUACAGAAGCAAGAGGGUUUAAAAAAUGAAGGGUAUAUGGGGUGUGCAGGAGACGGAAAAGUGCCUCGUGUAGAUUUGGGGGGGGGAGGGGUAUUAUUUUUCAUACCAAAAGACUAAAGCAUGCACACCAAAAACAAUUUUUUAAUUACACGAUUUUAGGGGAGGGGUGAACUGGGGACGAGCACAGGGGUCUGCUUAAAUAGAACGUGAUCCACUGGGACAUUCCAUGCCAGAACAUCCCACUGGCUCAUGGCCUCUCUAAGGGUGCCCAGAUCCCCCGUGGCCAAAAGGGAAUUAGAAAUCUUAAUUUUUCAUCUCUGAUUUCUACCCUUUUUCAUGCCAAAACAGUCCCAUCACUGGACCUCUUUGCCUGAUGCAGCAAUGGGUGAGGGGAAAGACUGAUACAUCCCUUUCAUAGUUUAAUUUCCAGCACCAACCAAAAGAAAAAAAAAGUCACGAAGAUGAGAAGGGAACAGAUCCCGAGAUGGAAGGAUUAUAUUUGGGGAGAGUUGGGGAGGGGAAGGAAUGAUCGUUUCUCAGCUGGAUGGGGAAAUGGCCAUAAAUCAGCAAGGGGGAGGGGGGCUAGCACUCAUUGUGAUGUGAUUGGGGGGCCCAAGGGGCUAACAGUGGAGCCCCCCAUCAUGCCAAUCUUGUAUGGUUUUUGACAUCUGUUUCAAUUACUGGCAAAUGACUCUACCAGUCUUGUGUGGGUUUUUUGUGUUGGGGAGGGGAGGGAAACAGGGAGGGGAGGGCAAACGGACUGGGCAAUCAAAUGCCUACAUUACAGACAGCAGGGAGGGAGAGAGACAUUGAAUUGUUUUGUAUUUCUUUUACUUGUUUCUGUCAAUAAACUUGAUAAUCUUUUUUUCCA